CAAAUAUGGAUGGUAAUACCAGUACUAGUGGAUAUAAAGUAAUCUUAGGAAUUUUACUCGGUGCAGGGUAUAAUAUUAACAGCAUUAUGGGGGCAGGGAUUUUUAAUCCUGAUAGUAUUUGGUUAUUGGUUCAGUCGGCAGGAAUUGCUUUGAUUCUUUAUGUUGUUUGUGGCAUUAUUAGCCUUCUAGGUAGUUUGAUCUACAUUGAGCUAGGAAUUAGAUCACUGCCUAAAGGAAUGGGUGAACAAACAUAUAUCAACGAUGCGUUUCCUAACCAAAUAAAUUUAGGACAUCUGAUUCUUAUGUGUCCGCCAAGUACUUUCUCUACUUUUUUCGAGGAAAUGUUGACAACUUUAACAAAGACUACCUGUGUAACCUUAAUCAAAAUCAUCGCUUUGGUUAUUAUUUCUAUAAUUGGAUUAGUAAAAUUAGAAACCAAUUCUAUUAUCUGGAGUGGUAUUUUUGAUUCACGACCACAGAGUCCCGGAGCAUAUUUCAAUGGCAUAUUAAAAGUUUUAUUUACUUAUGAAGAUUUUAUUGGAGAAUUAAGUGAUCCUAAAGAAAAAAAAUUGAUAUACUCUUCACUUAUUAGCGUUGGUGUUUCUUUUUUACUUUAUUUUUUCACUACAGCUGCUUUUAUAACAGUUGUUGGAUAUGAUAUUUCUAAUAAUGUGAGCAUUCCAAUUGCUCUACGUUUUGGUAAUAAACUGUUUGGUGAAACUGGUGAACAGCUUAUGGCAGGGCUUAUUGUAAUCUCUGCUUUUGGAAGUGUAGCGACAACUGUUUUCGUCUACGGACGAAUUAUAAAAUACGCUGCAAGUACCAGAUUUAUACCCUGGAGACCCGAUUUAUUUAAUAUUUAUGACAAGACAUUUAAUACACCAACUAAUGCAUUAUUGGCACAAUUUAUUUACUGUCUAGUUUUGACCAUUAUUUUUUCGUUAAUAGGAGGAAAUGAUCCUUUUGACUUUUUCUCUUCCUCAUCACAAUAUUUGGCCAUGAUGUUCCACGGCGCUAGUGCAAUUAGUCUUCUUAUUUUAAAGUACAAAGUGCGAUUUGAUGGGUUUACGAUAUAUAAACAUAUUGUUGGAAUUUACCUUUUAAUCAUAGUUUUGAUUAUCAUUUUAUCACUUUUUCCACCUGAACCUGAAUAUCACAACUUUAAUUACUUAAUUCCGUAUGCUAUUUCUUGGGGUGCGGCACUGCUAGGAGUGAUUAUUUGGCGUUUUCGUAAACCAAGAGAAGGACUUAAUGAUACAACGGAGCAAAAUUCUGAAUCCGAAUAUAUGGAAGGAUUUAAAGAAUCAAUAAUUAUUAAUUGA